AUGGUGAAGGUGAUGAUAUCCUUAACUAUUGAUAUUACUAUUGUAAAUUCUUGGAACUCGCAUGCUUCAGCUUUGGCUAAUUUAGGAGCCAAAUCAUCAAUAACCAAACUUCUAACCUGGAUCACGGAUCCAUUAAGCCCAGGUAUCCUAAGAUUUGAUUGCUCCCCUCAAUUGGGAAGUGGCAGCCCUUCCGAAUUUGGACAAAAAUCUUUUUUCCUUGCUGGUGUGGUUAAUGCAAUAACUCAGGAGUUGUGUAGCAAUACUCUUGAGUGUGUUAUCAAUAGGUUGAAAAUGGCAGCUCAAAAUUUUCUUUCGCUCGAAACAAGUGGAAGGAGCUCACAAGAUAGGAGAGACGUUAUGAUUAAAUUACAUUGUAUUUUUCAAGAUAAUCACAUUUUUAUCACAGGACUUAUUAUUUUGUCAUUAAUUGAUUAUAUUUGUGAUAAAACAUAGUAUUUGUCCCAGAA